CAUUUGGGGAAAGAAAGAAACCAAGUUGGUGUAGCUAUGUGAUACAUUCACGGAGUGGAUUCAUUGUAGACUAUUUUUUUCCCUCUCCCCGUAAACAUGGUUUGGCAAUGGUCAGUAGAGUUAACGGCACCAUGCGUCCCGUUCUCAAAUGUAUCCGCUGAAUUUUGGAGUCAAAUUAUUUAAAAACUGGAAUGAACGCAAUAACGCUUUCUCGAAACAUCGAAUGGUUUAUGUUUUCUUUUAGUCCGCUUUUUGAUCAUCUGUUUUUUUCCUCCCUUUUCAAGAUCAUUUUCGUGUCGUUAAAAAAGUGAAUAGAAGAGUUUGGACAAGCAACAUUUUCUACAAAAACUGACUUAUUUUCCUCCUUCCACUGGACCCCACGAGCGCGACGAGUGAUUUUUUUUUUUUUUCAAAAAGCUUUUGCUCUGGAACAUCCUGAAGAAAGGAUAACUUAACACACUGGACUACCUUUUCCUUUAAAAAAAACCCAUUGGAACAAGGAAUAUCUCUCACAAACAAGAGUAGAAAAGUUAUAGUGGUGCCAGAUGCGUGCGAAACAACAAAUAGCAGAAACGCAACUCGUCUUUACGUGACCGCUAGGCAACAAGUCUAGCCUAAUGUAAUGGACCAUUCGUUCACACUGAUGCAGGUGUGGAGCCACCUAGAAUCAUACGAGACCAACAACUUCAACUUAAUGAACGUGACCUAAAUAGGCCAAUUUAUCAGUAUUUAUUUCCAACAUUGGCAGAAUAUUAGAAAUAGUCCACGUCUAACUCGAUGGAUUCACAUGCGUUACCAUCUACCUGUCUGCCUGUAGUCUCCACAGCCAAGACAAGAUGACUGUGAACACGGUUGUUCAAACGUGAUUACGUCGUCAUGUGAUCCUCCCAAAAUGUCUUAAUCGUCUUAUUUAACGUCUGUUUUUAUUUAUUGUCUGUGUACAUAUAGCCUAUAGGUCUGUCUGUUGGUUGUUCUCGUUUGGGGGUUAUUUGUUGGUUUUUGCAUAUAGAUUGCAGGGUCUCAGUCAUUCAACUACUGUAGUUCAACUGUACUGUAGUCAUACGUGAGACUUAAUGUGUUUCCAACUCACACGCUGUAUUUAUUGAGUACGUUAACUUAUACCAUAGUGGUUCAUUAACAGCAUUUCUUUUUACUUGAUUGUUCGGAGUUUUAGACGACCAGGUUAGACAUUACGAUGGACCGACUUGGAACUAAGUUAUUGGAGAAGUUGAAACUGACUGACUCAGGAAGUGUGAAAUUUGCCAGUUCUAAAAAGAAAAACGAGUUGGUCAACAACAUCAACAGCAACAGCAAUGGGAACAACAGUAGUGGACUACCACCAAGCCUGAACACUGCCACUUCCUCACCUUCAAGACCUGGUCAGUUUUCUCUCACCUCUCCAACCUCAACGGAGGCGUGUGGGCUGGCUAGUAGCGGGAAGGGAUUGGGAGAAAGAGUCUCCUCUACCCAGCACCUCUCAACCUCCAUCACCCCCCAACCUACUGACUGCGAACAUCAACCCUACUCCCCCUCGACUCUCGCCCCCCUCCGUCGCCGUUCGACCCAGCAGCGUGCCUCCUGCUACCUGGGGGAGGGCGUUGACAUCCAGAUGAGGCGUGAGUCGGGCCUGGGGGACUGUGACCCAGCUGGGUCUAAGGCUUCUCUGAACCAGCGCCGCUACUCCCUGGAGCUCCAACAGCUGGUCCGACGCCAGCAGCUCCUCUCCCAGCCUCCUCUGUCCCACUCCUCUGGCCCCCCUCCGGCGUACCCCAUCCCCUCCUCGGGUUAUGGCUCUGCUCCCCGCGGCGGGGCCAUGGCUGAGCCACACUACCUUCCCGAGCCUGAGCGUCACAAACGCCUCUCCCUGCAGGAGGCGAUGUUCUACAAGAGGCUGAGCACGGGAGGGGAGCUCUGGGAGAGCACCAGACCGGCCUCGCUCUCUCACUCCCCGCACCGGCCCUCUGAGAUGGGUGGAGGAGGAGGGUUCUUCUUCCCCCCAGGCCCAGCACUGAGCCCCUGCUCCUCCUUCAGCCUCCAGGAGUCGGUGCUGGUCAGUCCCAGGUCCAGCUUUGCCUCCAGUACAGCCAGCGGUGGAGGGGGAGGGAGCCCUAUGGGCAGCCGCUGUAGCAGCAACCGCACCAGUGGAAUCAGCCUGGGCUAUGACACGCGCUACUCAGCCUCCUCCACCAUGGCACCGCAGCUGCAGUUCUCCUCCCUGCACACAGGGGGCUCCACCAGCGGACAGGGAUACACGGUCUCAAGCAGGGCCGGGGCGCCCUCUGGGGCUGGAGGCUGGCAGGACUACCUGGACGGGGUCUUCUCACCUGGAGGAGCAGGGUUUCAGGAUAGCCGGCACUCAUACCCACCUGCGUUGGGGAGCCCGGCGGCUGCCUGUUACCGGGCUGGGCCCGAGUGGUGGGAUGAGAAGGGAGCAGGGGCAGCCCGAGGAGAGCAGACUGGCAUGGGUGCUGCCGGGGAGCGGACGCGCUACUCGGACCUCCCGGGUACCCGCUACCAGGAGGAGCUGACACGCCUGUUGCUAAGAGAUGCAGCGCUGGAGGGCGAGGGGCUACACAUGGGCGGGCUGAUGCUCAAAGAACAGGCCAAUCCUCCAAUCAUUGCCCUCGCCAAGCUGGCAACACUCAUCAAUACGGCUACGGCUUCCAGACCAAUCAAAGCCCAGGAGGAGCCGGGAACAGGGAGGGAGGCGUCGUCCGAGAAUCGCCAGGAGUUCUUUGGUACAUGUGUGAAGUGUAGGAAAGGUGUGUACGGCUCGGAUAACGCUUGCCAGGCUCUGGACAGCCUCUAUCACACACGCUGCUUUACCUGUGUGUCCUGUGGUCGCACCCUGAGAAACAAGGACUUCUACAACGUCAAUGGCUCUGUGUAUUGUAAAGAGGAUUACAUGUUCUCAGGGUUCCAGGCUGCAGCAGAGAAAUGCAGUGUGUGUGGCCACCUUAUCCUGGAACAGCAGAUCCUCCAGGCGAUGGGGAACUCCUACCACCCUGGCUGUUUCCGCUGUGUGGUGUGUUCCAAAGCCCUGGACGGAGUCUCCUUCACUGUCGACCACCUCAGCAACAUCUACUGUGUCUCUGACUACAAUAGAACAUUCGCUCCUAAAUGUGCUGCCUGUUUCCAACCCAUCUUACCUGCUGAGGGCAGCGAGGAGAUACUCAGGGUGGUGUCUAUGAACAAAGAUUAUCACUUUGAGUGCUACCACUGUGAGGAUUGUGGGAAGCAGCUCUCGGAUCAGCCGGGUUCCCAGUGCUUCCCUCUGGACUCUCAUCUCCUCUGUCACUCAUGUCACAUGAUGCAGGUGUGCGCCUCGCAUAACAUUCCCCCUCACAGCACAAACUGAGGAAGAAACUAUGCAGCAAACAUUCAUACCCUUUCAACAUUCCUUUUUCCCUCCACCCUUUCUCACUCCUGCACACCCAGAUCAUAUGGGUUGCUCUGUUUGAAUUUACUUUUCAAAUUCUACUCAGACCAGCUCUCACACGAAAAUGCUGGUAAAGGCUUUCAACACAGAGUAGGUGAAUUUACUGUAUGGUCCAGAGUUUGAACACCUGUAUGUGACCUGGGCCAAGUUCAUUAGGGCACACUGUAUCAGACUGUUUUGCAACGGAAAAUGAAAGCCAGCGUUUUAUUGGACAAGUACAGAUAGUACCUCCUGGAGCAUUUGUCCGUUUAGUGGCUACUGAACAGCACCCAGGUGCGACAUAAGUCCUGCUGUUCUACGAUCACUGUACCGUAGCGUUCUCAUAGGGAGAAUAUAGCCUGUUCCCAGAUCAGUUUGUGCUUUCUUGCCAACACCUAUGGUCAUUGGCAAGCCAUUAUUUGACAGAUCUGGAGCCAGGCUAGGAAUACAAAACUACUGCUUUCUUGUUAUUCCCUGACCAUGUCUGUUUGCUUAUAGAACAGGGGUAUUUAACUCUUACACUGAGGUCCGGACCCUGCUGGUUUUCUGUUCUACCUGAUUAAUUGCACCCACCUGGUGUCCCAGGUCUAAAUCAGUCCCUGAUUAGAGGGGAACAAUGAAAAACUCAGUGGAACUGGCUUCAAGGUCCAGAGUAGUUUGAGGGCCAUAGAAGGGAUUUAUUGAUCUGCUUAACCCAUUUUUUUUGUAUUUAUCUAUCACUAGCAAACAAUUUGCACUUAAAAUUGGACAUGUUUACCGUAAGAGAUUAAGUGUUUCUUGUAAAAGUAAAAAAAUACAUUCCUGUAUCUGUUGUAAUUAAUAAAAAUAUUUUCCUUUU